GAGUGCGUGGUCUCGGGGGUUCUCUUCACCAUGGUUCCCGGAGUGCCGCUCCCGCCGGAGGUCCAGCUGGCGCAGCGCCUGGCCGGCAAUGAGCAGGUGACGCGGGACCGCGCGUUGCGGAAGCUGCGGAAGUACAUCGUGGCCAGAUCGCAGCGGGCGACAGGUGGUUUUACUCCAGAUGAACUGAUAAAAGUAUGGAAAGGACUGUUUUAUUGCAUGUGGAUGCAGGACAAGCCUCUCCAGCAGGAAGAACUAGGAACGACCAUUGCCCAGCUUGUCCAUGCUUUUCAGACUAUGGAGGCACAGCACCUGUUCCUGCGGGCCUUCUGGCAGACCAUGAUCCGGGAGUGGGUGGGCAUUGACAGACUGCGCCUGGAUAAGUUCUACAUGCUCAUGAGGAUGGUCCUGAAUGAGUCGCUAAAGGCUGUGAAAAUCCAAGGAUGGGAAGAGAGACAUAUUGAGCAGCUGCUGGAGCUGCUAACCACCGAGAUACUGAACCCUGAAAGCCAGGCCCCUAGUGGGGUGAAGAGCCACUUCCUAGAGAUCUUUCUGGAAGAGCUGACCAAAGUGGGUGCUGCAGAGCUCACCGCGAACCAGAACCUGCAGUUCAUUGACCCCUUCUGCCAGAUAGCAGCCCGCACUAAGGACUCCCUCGUUCUGCAUAAGAUCCUUCAGAGCAUCUUUGAGACGAUUGUGGAACAGGCUCCCCUGGCCAUAGAGGACAUCAUGAAUGAGCUGGACACACAGAGUGGAGAGGGCGAAGCCUCGGGUGGUGACAGCGGUGGCGGUGACGAUGGUGACAAUGACGAUGGUGGCGAUGAGGAUGGUGGCGAUGAGGAUGGUGACAGUGACGAUGGUGACAGUGACGAUGGUGACAGUGAUGAUGGUGACACUGACGAGUCCUCAGAGGGCGAGCAGGAUCUGCAGGACACACCACCCAAGAAGCUGCCUGCAGGCACCAUGCAUAGGGCUGACCCUGAGGCAGAUAAGGGGCAGGCGUGGGAUGACGAGGAAAACACUGGCCCUGUCCUCCAGUUUGACUACGAGGCAGUUGCUAACAGACUGUUCGAGCUCGCCAGUAGACAGAGCACCCCUUCUCAGAACAGGAAGCGCCUCUACAAAGUAAUCCAAAAGCUGCGGGACCUGGCUGGAGGCACUUUCCCUGAGGAUGACGUCCCUGAAAAAGCCUACAAGAAGCUGCUGGAAGGGAGGCGGGAACGGAAGAAGAAAAAGAAGCGCUUGCCCAAACCGCAGCCCCAGGAUAAGGAAGUGGGGAGCGAGGCAGAAACCUCAAGUGCAGGCCCAAACCCAGGAAGGAAAAGGAAGAGGAGCAGGAAGACGGAUGAGAAGGCUGGCCAAAGAGAGCCUCCUGGGAAGAGGAGGAAAACUGGGGCUAGAGCCAAGGGGGCUGGAGUCCAGCAACCACAGAGGAAGAGGAAGCAGUCAUCACAGAAGUGAGAUGCACGGCCCAGGCCGGCUGGCCUCCUUUGGCAUGUGGUGGAAUGGGGCAGGGUAGUUGGGCACGCUCCUGCGGCCUCUGGAUGCCGGAGGUUCUAAGCCUCCUACAGGGGAGGGGCAGGAGGAGGAUGGUAGAGGAGACCCUUGGUUUAGUCCUGGCCUUCGAGAAUGCUCCUGCCUCAGAGGCGUGACCCGCAUAUCAGAAAUUCACUUCAAACACUCACAAUUUCACUUGUACAUACAUAUGCUAUGGCCCUGCCCAAUCCUAGCCAGAGAGGCCAGAAGAUCUAAAGACUUGAGUCCAGCCUGGGUCGCAGAGUAAAACCCUGUCUCAGUUUCCUUCCCCCCGCUUUAAGGAAAACAAAACCAAGUAACUGUGUGGCCACUGUCCCCUCCGCCCUGGGCUGCCCACAUAAUAAACUGCGGGUCCUUACGGCACAUGGCCGCCUCUCCCCUUUGUGUAUAUCUAGGUGGGUGGGGGUGGGGGAGUAGGUGUCAUUUCCUGGGUGAUGUGUGUAUUUUCAACUACUUUUGUGUUUAUGUGUAUCUGAAAACCCUUGCCAAGAGCCUGCCAGGUACCCCUGGGGUCAUGCUUUGUGCUCGAGUCUCAGACUUACACUGUUGAGGGUUUUCAGGAGGUUCCUGUGACUGAGGUGACUAGGCCAUGGCAGAAAGGCCUGGCUGUUGUCACCACCUCUCUUUGGGACACUGUAUACACAGCAUUUAUUGAGCCCCCAGCAGUCGGCCUAGGCAUGACCUGACUGAGCUCUCAUUCUGAGUAGAGCAGACUUGGGCUCUGCUGCUGUGUGCUUGUUCCUCCCUUGGGGUCACCGCUGGGGCAGCCAGGGCUGCAGGAGGCCAGGCGAGGGGUCAUGGGAAGGGAGGACAGUGCCAAAGCAAUCUGUGUGCCCCUGGAGGUUGUGGUAGCUUAAGCACGUCCCAGAGUACACUGGGGACAUCAUGGGUAGUAUGCAUCACCAUCCGCAGAGAGAGCUGCUCCGCUUGGGACAGUCACCGGACGUGGUGACACUCUGGCUCUAAAGUCUGUAGCUGAGCAGUACAGUUCCUGCAGUUCCUGCUAUUGAGUGAGGCCCUGGGAUUCCACGCCUAUGUCCUGAGGAAGGCUUGCCCCCAGCACCACCUUGUGAAGCACUUCUCUGUCCACAGUCUCUUUAGUAACUGCUUGACUUCAGACAUGAAUCACCAAGUUCCCUGUCAUCGUCUCUGGGUCCUUAUUGAUGGACAUCAGGCAGUGUCACGCACACCAGAGGAUAGCAUCGUCUGUGUGAAAGUGGUCAUCUUUAAUCCUGUGUGAACAGCUUUGAGAGCGGGCACAGGGCACACCAUCCACCCACUGUCUUAUUCCUGAGUUAUUAGGAUAGUCUCAGAACUGUGCCGCCUCCAGCAGUUACGCCUGGUGUGCUUUGGCCAGCAACCCCUCCCUGGGCUGGCCGCCUCUGAUCUGUGUCAUGUCUGCUGGGCCCCCUGCUCUGCACAUGCGUACUUGGGAUUGUGUGGUGCAUGGUCUUUGCAUUUCACUGAGCCGUUCUCAUGGCUUAUGCCUGUAGCCUGUGCCGGAGCUUCCUGAGGUAGAUAACCCCACUUAGAAUAUGUUUCAUUAUGCCUGUGCGCACUUGGAGUGUGUCCUCAGCUGUAAGGGAAUCGUGUUGCUCAGGUGUACACUGUGCGCUUGCGUCUUUACUGCUCUCGGGGAGACACCCAGGUGUGGCAGAAAUUUCCCUGUCCAAUCUAUUUGCAGUAGGAAGCCUAUGAUUGGAUAGGGGAAAGGGAGGCAGAGACAGGAAUGCAGGGAGAAACCGGAGAGAGAAAAUGCAGCAGAGAUGUAAGUUCAUGAGCGAGGCUUUAACCAGACCUUGAAACGGUUAGGAUAGAUGGGAUAACGUGUCUAAUCUGUGCGGGCAUCUUGUGAUUUAAGUAUUUGCUGAUAUAUAAAUUCAUUGGUUAACUUUAA